AUGGCCGCCAUGCCGGUCCCGUCGGUUCCGUCGGUUCCAGCGCAGCUGGAGAUUCGGAUUGUAGAGGCGCGCCUCGUUCGUAUUUUUGAUAGCCUCAAGCCCAACCAAGACGUCUUUGUUCAGCUGGUGUGUGGCUAUGAAGAUGGUUCCGAAAAGGUGGUGGGUCGCACAGAGGUCUGUAAAAACGGCAACCUGGCGCCGCGCUGGAAUCAGAGGUUCCUAUGUGGAAGAGAUGCCUCCAAAGGGGGACGCACCUUGAAAUUUAAGGUGCACAUUGAUCACGUUUGGCGCAACCCGGUGCUGUGCGGCGAGGCCGAGUUUGGGCUGGACAACCUUUGGCGUCGGGCCGGCAACGCCGGCAAUGGACGACCACAGGAAGUACCAGUUCCCCUGUUCAAGAAGGGAGAGCAGACAGGACUUUUGAAUAUCAGCAUUGCUUUGCAGGGCCCUGCCGUGGGCGGUCCUCCAGCUGGUGGUGGCUACUCCACUCCCGUGAACCAGAUGAAUCUGGACCCAUACUCGCCACACAGUGGCCCAGGAUAUCCCUGGCUGGAAAGGCCAGCAGAUCCAUCAGAUCCGCGCAUGCCAUCGCCGUAUGGUGGCCCUCAACGAGGUAGCACAGACUUCGCUGCUUCAGUCGGUGUGCAGGGUGCUGAGCAAGCAGCUGAGCAGCCCGGGCAGGUACCUCGCCCUGCGAGCGACAGCAAUGCCCGGAUGCAAGAGCUGCGUCGACGCGAAGAGCAGCUGCGGCAGCAGCAGUGGCAAGAAGAGCAACGGCAACGAGCUGCUCAGGAACAGUACAGACUGCAGGAGCAAAAGCUUCAGGAGCAGAGGGAACAGGAACAAAGGCUACAAGAGCAGAGACUGCAAGAGCAAAGAUUGCAGGAACAACGGAUGCGUGAGCAGCAACUGCAGCCAAGGGAUCUGCGCGAUCAUCCCAAGACGGGCUCAUAUCAGAUGAGAGAUUUGCAUUCCGGAGCACCACUGCCACACUUGCAAUACCCUCAGGACCCGCCCGGCCCCUCAACGCCGCAAGCGCAGCUAGCGCCGCCCAACGGCGACCCAUCUUAUGCAACGCAGCGCUUGGGUCCAGAGACGCCUUCGUCCUUCCCCGCAACGCCACAGCGAUUGGCACCUGCAGGGCAGCCAGCUGAGGUCCGGGGUGUCUCGUGCGGUUGGUGUAAGGAACGCUCACCGAAGGCAAAUCUUCCACUUCCUAGUAGCCCCACUGCUUUGGCACCUGAAGGAAGAUCCCCCACGGCCGAUGUAUCUCCGCCUCCGGCGGACACCGAUCCUGCGGUGGCGGCGGGGCAGUCGGGUCAACAAUGGUGGCACUCCUUCAUCGAACGUGGUUGA